UGGUAUAAGUCUGGGCAACUUGUCACGGACAUUGGAGCCCUUGGCAAUGGAAAUAGAACAUUACUGUUGUCAAAUGUAUCGCCCAAAGACGAUGGCAUCUAUCGGUGUGAAGCGUACAACGUGGAGGGGAGCGAUGCGUCUUCUACCAAUCUGAAGGUGCACAUGGACGUCCAAGUGUACGUCGAGCAGCCAGUCGUCAGGUCGUUUUUGCAAGGUGACGCCAAUCAGACCAUCGUGUGUCACGGUAGCGGCCAACCUCAACCGACAGUCCGAUGGUUUUACAAUGGUGAAGCAGUUCAGGCGGUCGACAAGGUUUUUCCCAAGUUUACUUCGCAAGUUGUGCAGGUGACGUGGAACAACAUAACAGAGAAACUUCAGAAUGUCAGCAGUCGACUUUAUCUUCGUGUAGGUGGAAUAACGCUGAAUGAUGCUGGAAACUACACUUGCAAAGCGUGGAAUGCAGUCAAUGAAUCGGCCGAAAAGACAGUAGAAGUAUUGUUUCGCCCUGAGAUACAUCAGCCUCCUGGGUACGUGAGCGCUCUUGAGCAUCAGAAUGUUUUGUUGAUCUGUAACGCCACAGGAGUUCCUCCGCCUUUAAUAACAUGGAGGUUUCACAAUGGAAGAAAUUUCUCAUCUCUGCUGAACUCAUCAUCAUGGUCAACGUCACAAAUGACUUCAAGUUCCGUUGUUGUAAAGGAUGUAAUGAACAGCUAUGCUUUUGAAGGAAUCUACACUUGCAUUGCUAACAGUUCAUUAGGAUUUGCUAAGUCGUUCUUUCGUUUGACAGUGCACGUUAUUCCAAAGAUUUACACUGUACUACCAACAUUAACAACGCUUUCAACUGGAUCAUCUAAAAAUCUUUCCUGCGAAGCAAAUGGUGACCCAUCUCCUCAGUAUCGUUGGUUUAAAGGAGGACAACUCAUCACAGACUACCGAGCGUUAGCUGAUGGAAAUAAAACAUUGCUGCUAGCUAAUGUACUGCCAAAGGAUGACGGGGAGUACAAAUGUGAAGCAUACAACGUUGAGGGCAGUGAUACUUCGACGACCAACCUGGUGGUAUACGUUAUACCUUACAUUUCAACACCUCUAAAGAACAUAACCCUGACUCUGAAAAGCAAGUUAAUUCUUAGUUGUAAAGCUGAUGGAAAACCUAAACCACAUAUCUAUUGGCUGAAAUCUGGAUCACGUGAUAUUCCUCGAGCACAGUUGUCCAAUGAACGCACAGUUCUUGCCAUCCAGUCAGUGGUUUUGGACGAUGAGGGAACAUAUGGCUGUGUUGCUGAGAAUAAGUUUGGAAAUGAUUCGUCAUUUGCGACUAUAAAGAUAAGAGUUCCCGAUUUACCUAAAAACCUCAAAUUCACAUUUGACGGCGAAACCUACACAAUAACUUGGUCAGCACCACGUGACUCCAGCAUGACCAUAAUUGGAUACAAAGUAUUGUUCUCGAACAACCAAUCAAAUGACGACUUGAAUGAUAUAAAGAAAACCUUUAUUGUGGAAGGGCAAGAAACUAGAAUAGACGUCAAGCUCUCAAGUCUUCAUGGCAGUAAGCUGUACAUUGUACGAGUCCAAACUUGGACAACAAAAGGAUAUGGUGAACUUAGCACGGACUAUGCAAUCAUUGAAACACCAGUAACAAGUCCACCUGUCCCGGUCGUCCCACCAGAGCUUCCUGACGUCAUUUCAGUAACAGAAGUCAAAAUAAAGGUCCCGAAAUUUUCCGAUAUCAAUGGAAAAAUCAAAUUUUACAAAAUCAUUAACGUGAUACUUCGAGGCCAUAAUGACAAGCUCGUUGACGUUGAUGACAAGCAAUUGGUAACUUAUUGUCAAGCCCACGAAUCUAAAAACUCCGCGGCAUAUUUGGCUUUUUAUUUCGCAUCCUCUGAUUACGAAAAAUACAAGAACUUCGUGUUGGGGGAGGGCCAAGGAAAAAAGUGCAAAUGGAGAUCAGUUCGAGAAAGUUCACCGGAGUAUUACAAUGGUCCUUUACAACCCAAAACUCAAUACAACACUUUUAUUAGAGGAUACACAAGCGAGAAAACCUAUUCAUCGAGUAAAUCCAUUGCGUUUUCAACGUCAAGUAAACAAGCUAAAAGUACCAAAGCUGCUACGAAUAAUCUUGCAACGAUCAUAGGAAUUGCUAUAGCAUUGCUAAUAGUAAUUAUUAUUAUCUUGUUGCUGGUAUACUACAAAAGAUCAAGAACAUUCUCACUCACUCUUGCUCUACCCACAAUCAUUGUUACAAGAAGAAAAAGUGAAUUUUACGAGACAGAAGAGAGAGAACUUGAGGAUAUGCAUAGUCGAGAUCCAGGAAUAUCCAAUAAAGCGGAUGAUGAUGAAAAUAACAUCCAAAAUGAUGACCAGACACAAGAAAGCGAGAUGAUUCUAAAGAUUAAUCGUAAAGAAUUUUAGCGCAGUUUGAAAACAAUUUCGACGUUCUCUUUAGGGGAAUCAGGAACAAAGUUCACUGGACAAAAAGAAAUUUGACGGCAAAUUUAUUCAGCAAAAAUUAUUUUUCUGAAUACGAGUCCAAACCAGUAGGGACAGUAGAUGCUCUUUGUAUGCUAAUAAGUUGCUCGGUUUGGUGAUAGCUAUCACUAUACGUAGUUUUCAAUGUUGAAUGUCACUGAACCAAGUCCUAGCGUCUCACAAACGACAUUUAAGGGCCGGUUAUCAGUACGUCCUGAUGCAAAAUGGAAAUUUUAUACUUGAGAAACUGAAAAAUAUAAGCACAAUCACAAACACG